GCCUUUCCCACUUUCCCCCGCCUCGGCGUAUAUAUUUCAAGAAAGGAGCCGUUGGAAGAAGAACAAAGGUCAUUUUUUCAGUUAUCCGAUUUCCUUCCCCGAUUUCCCAUUACUCUCAACUCUCAAGACAGCAACCCGAGUUCUCAGAGUCUGUGAAGCAGUUCCAGAAAGAUCAAUCGCGCUCGUGUCCGAUUAUUGGAAAAUUACCCUAGGUCUCAGAGUUGCGAAGCAAGUUUAGGAAAGGGUGAUCAAUCUCUGUGACUAAGUUUAGAACCACCCUUCCGAAUCUUACGACAAUGGCGACAAGAGUUGGCGGAGGUGUUGCUCCGGUUCGAACUGUUGACUACAAAGAUGUCUCCAAGACAUCCAAGAAAGGAGGAGGGUUAGGUGGGAGGACACCGCUGGGUGAUUUGUCAAACGCAUUGAAGAACUCUUCUUCUCUGAACAAUACAUCCAAGAAGCAGCAGCAGACUCGUUCAGGAAUUGCAGGAUUGAAUGGAAAAAAGAAGUCUGCUGGUCUCGCUGGAGGAGCCAAUGCUGCAAGCGGGAAAACGAGUGUUAAAGCUUCUGGGAAUAGGAAGGUCCUUUCUGAUAUCUCAAACUCGUCCAACGUGCCAAAGGGAAGUGAUAUAUCGCAGAAGAAGGCAGUGAAGAACAGCAAGAGGCUGAGUGUUGUGCAGGAGGAAGACCCAAUGCAUCCAUGUGCAAUUGCUGAGGAAGGGUUUCUGCACAAUCAUGACGAAUGCAUCAAGGCCCAGAACAGACAGAUGGAUUUGGAUGAGUUUUUGAAGAUCCUUGGUUUAGACAAAGAUUGUUCUGAGCAGUUAGAGAACCGGCGUUCAAACCAAGUAGAGCCUGACAGUCCUAAGCGGCACUACGAUCCGAUGGAAGAAGAGGAAAGUUGGGACUUUGAGUUUCCCACAAUGCGCAACCUUCAUUCUUCCCCCUGUUCCAGUCCACCAUCGCCCAAAUCCGAUUCAAGCUGGUUGGAUAAUGACCACGGCUUCGUCAACUUCCAGCUGAUCGCUUCUCCUUAACUGCUGUUGAUCAAACUGAAGCAUUGGAAAUCUACCCUUCCUGAAGCACUAGAUGUGAAUUUUGUUGUUGAAACUUAUUGAAUGUUGCCAAUUCUGUUUGGCAUCUCUCUAGGUUCUGUUUGAUCAAUGUCCUUUGACCUUUGUUAAUUGAUCACAUCGUGCUUAGCUGCUGACCUUAAAUAGUAAUGUAGACGGCUUCUUCUUCCUUCUUAUGUCAGUAGUGGAUUUGCUAGAGCUUCUCAUUUGUUG